AUCCAAAUAUUUCGAAUAAAACAGGCAACGUUAGCCAUCUGCGUGUUUAUAACCUAAAAUUUUAAUCUCAAAGCAUGCGAAUGAUGCAAAGCAUGGCAUGACUGUUUCCUUCUCUUUGUGCCCGUAAUUCGUUUUUCAUUCUACUUCUCACAUGUAAAUUGUGAACAUAAUCUUGUUUCAAUCAUUGACAACGUUGUUUUGAAAGAAAACCCCAUCAAGAAUGUCUGCUGUUGAGGAAGCGAUUACUGAGCCAGUGACUGACUUGUCGCACUUACCCACUGAAAAUUUAGUCCCUCGCUGUCCUGCAGAGUCAUCUGAAGAUUCUGAAAGCAGCUCAUCAUCAUCAUCAUCAUCAUCAGAAGAUGACUGUUCGGAUGUUGAAUCAGUUGUGAGCUCAGAGAUAGAGAUCGAUAAGCUUCCAAAAUUGAAAACAAAAGGGGAGCUAACUCUUGAAGAUCUGCCACCAAUAGAAAACUUGGAAAUCAGUGUACCUGAAGAAGAGUGUCAAGUUAUUGGACAUAUUCUCAACAGUGUUGAAACUUUGGUUUUAGUCAAAGCAAUUCCAAAUCUUCCUCCAGUUGACAUAGACUCAGUCCUGUUUCUUGAUAAAGGUGACUGUGUCUUGGGUCAAGUGUUUGAUGUCAUUGGGCCAGUAAGUGAGCCAAUUUACUGCAUCCGCUUCAAUUCGAAGGAGUACAUCAGUGAGCUAUCCUUCAAUCCUGGAGAUCCAGUUUAUUAUGCUCCAACUCUAGACUACACACACUAUGUAUUUUUGCCCGACUUACUAAAAAUGAAGGGGAGUGAUGCAUCUUGGCAAAACAAUCAUGAACCUCCACCUAAUUUACUUGAUUACUCAGAUGAUGAGCAGGAGAGGCAGGCAAAACGGAAGUUAAUGGCCAAGAGACAAUGGGAAAACAGACAAAAAGUUCAAAAUGAGGAAGAAGUUUCUGUUAUUGAAUCCACUGGAAACACAGACUCAGAAAAAGAUCCUCUCGACGGAAUGCGUACUGGUAAGUCAUCAGCCCGAAGGAAAGCUGCUCGACGCAGACGGUUUCAGAAGAAUGGAGACACGGAGAAAAACUGUGCCCCUGUAAAUGACUCGAAUCAGUCUCAAGACUCCAGGAAGUCGGAGAGCAAUGGAGACGUUGAGGAAGAAAAUUUGAAAAAACAAAACUUCAAUCAAUCCUGUGGUCAAAACUUAGAUUUUGCCCACAGUAGACAAAAUACACCUGGGCGCAAGCAAACUAAUCAGUCCAACUUCCACUCAACUCAUGAUCAAGACAAUCAACAAAUGAAUUCAAACUUCCCAGCAACGAGAAAUCCAUUUGAUUUGAGUAAACAUCAGUUCUCACCAAAUCCAGGAAAUUCUAACAGCUCAAAUAAUCCCGUAAAUUUUUCCUCCCACCCUCAAUCCAACAAUGCCAUUGCAAGCAAUCCAUUUAGUUCAAGUAAACCUUCAAUGUCAUCGAACUUUAUGAGCCCUACAAACUUCCUCAGUAGUCCUGUUAACUUUCCUCCACCGCCUAAUUUCUGCGGUCCUCCUAAUUUGCCGAAUUCUAGUAUUAAUUUUCCGCCUAGUAGUUUAAAUCCACCAAAUAAUCCAGGGAACUUUCCUCCACUAGACACCAGUAAACCUCCUCCUCAAUUCCCUGUCCCUCCGAUCAUUUCAGCACCUACAGGUGUUCCGCCUUCCUCCGGGCCCAAUUUACCACUACCACCCCCCUCUUUUCUACCAUCUCCUGUAAAUAUGCCAGCUUUCGGUCAGCCUCCUCCUUUCCCUUUUAGACCCUUGAUUCAAGGGCCAAAUGGCCCGCCAACCUCUUUAUCUGAAAGACCACCAUGUUUCAAUUUUCAGCAACCUUAAAACGAUUGUACCUAAGUUUCAUUACCAAGACAUAUGAAAAGAUAUCUCAGCAAUUUCUUUUUCAAAGCUCAUAAAAAAUAAAAGGAGUAUGUUAUUGUUUUAGGCAAGAAAGCCUGCCUAUUGUUUGUAUAAAAUGUAUGCACAUAUCUUUUCAGAAUCAGAAGGUUAUUGUCUUUAAAAAAUAUUUGAAUUCAUAUCGGCUACCAUCCAGUGUCGUUUAAUCAGGAUUGGUUCAUCAGGAUCCUGCUGGAUUGUAUUAUUGAAUACAAAAAAGAAAAUAGGUGCUGUUUAGCUAUUAGUUGUAUAUAUAAAACUAUAUUAUGUUUUUUAUAUGAAAUGAAUAAGAAGGAAAGUAAUAAAUGUGAAUUAUUUUAAA